CAUAGUAUAGCAGAGCAGGCAAGCAGGUCGGUGAGAGUUCCGCCGCAAACAACAAAUCAAUUAUGGACAUUGUACCAGGGACAUCAUCCUCCGACGUCGUCGGGGCUCCGGAUGUUGCGUCAACAUACCCGGUUUGCUGCACUCAAGACCCUAAUUAUCACAACAACCGCCUGUGGAACUAUCCCGAUGGACACCCACUUCUUGAGGAGACGCCGUCAUUCGACUUAGGCAUCGUCACUCCGCCUUGCAACAAGUCGAAAGGUCCCAGCAUGGUUAGCAUUGCUACCAUGAGGGACAUCACAAGGAGAGACCUUUUCGGGGCAGGUGACUUUGGAAUGUGUACUCCAGGGUCUGCUAACCUCGUCACACCAGCAACGCCUUUCCACAUAUCCAGUGCAAGUCUAGAGGCAACUCAACAACGGCAGAUCGUGCACAACGUUUCCCCGGUUAGUUGCACAAGGUCUGUAGCCACUGGACUCUUGGACUUCAGGGAAGAGGUGGAGGCAGACUGUGUCAACCUCAACAAGCCAGUAGGGGAACAUUCGCUAUCUGCGCCGCCACCGAAAAGGAGAGUGGUCCCCGGACCUGCUGGACGAUCGCCAUUUGUGAUGCAGUACCGUCUGUCUGAAAGGGCGUCGGGGAACGCCACCCACUUAUAUCUAGUUUUUUCGCAGAUGAGCGGUGCAGUGUUAAGCAAGGAAUCCAGCAGGAUCGUCGCCCUACAUUACGCAAGGCAGUGGAUGGGGACAAAGCUACAGCGGACAUUGUCUCCGAUAGGGGAUGAGUUCGACCAAUCUAGGAUGAUCCUGCUUUAUGAAGUUUUGGGCCUGGCUGGCAACAUCGGGCAACUUCCUGCGAAAUUCAAAGUAUGCCAGACAGAUUGCUGA